UUGACACCAUGGCCUCAUCUGGUGAUGAUACCAUAGAGACUGCAGCCCUGGGAAGACCAUUCCAGCUUGGCACACUGUAUGACUGCCGGAAGGAUGUUCUUGUUCCAGGUGUAACUCUGUGGGAUCUAGAUCAGCUACAAAAGAAUACAAGUGUACAACUUCAACAUACCACUGAAUUCAAUGUCACCGCAUCAGAUUCCAUUGAGGAGAAGUCAAAUUUAUUAAACAUCUCUGGCUCUCUGAAGUUGAGUCUUUUGGGAGGACUAGUGAAUGUUGGAGGAUCAGCAAAAUAUUUCCAAGACACAAAGAAAUCUCACAAACAAGCCAGGAUGACUCUUCAGUACAAAACGACAACAAAGUUUGAAACAUUAACGAUGUCUCACCUGGCUCAUGGACAGGUAUCUCAUCCCAAUGUGUUUGAGGACAACACAGCCACUCAUGUUGUCACAGCCAUCUUGUAUGGAGCUGGUGCUUACUUUGUGUUUGACAGAGAAUCAUCAUCAGAGGACAAUAAGAAACAAGCAGUGGCUAAAAACCAAGGGGAGGGAAUCAGAUACACUGAAGUCCUUCCUUGA